AUGAGGGACAUCGAGUAUUCUACAGGUGAUUAUGUUUUCUUUAAGAUAUCCUCAUGGAAGAAAGUUUUACAGUUUAGAUAUAAGGGCAAGUUGAGCACUAGGUUCAUUGGGUCUUAUCGGAUUUUGAAAUGUGUGGGUCCGAUCGCCUAUCAAUUAGAGCUACCUCCAGAGGUGAACCGUAUUCAUGAUAUGUUCCAUGUUUCCAUGUUGAGGCGGUAUCGGUCUGACCCGCCUUAUAUUGUUUCUAUUGAGGAGAUUGAGGUAAUGCCGGACUUGACAUUUGAGAGGGAGCCAGUUCAAAUUUUGAAUUGA